AUGUCGGGGCAAAACUCUCCCGCAGCAAAGCGGCAAGCAUCGCGCAAACGUCUCGGAGGUGCUUGUAAGGCCUGCCAUGAUCGGAAAGUGAGGUGUAGCCUGGCCAAGUCUGGUCCACCCUGCGCAAACUGCUCAUUGGAUGAUAAAGAAUGUGAGCCUCGAGUUCGCAAGUCACAAAAACGAGUCGGACUCUCUGUCGCGGUGUCUGCUCAACAAGCACACGAUAGGACAUCCGCCUCGACUACCCCCUCGCAACAAGCGGUUCCGGGGUCAUUCAAUCUUUUUGGCAACCAUGACCAAGCAGAUGUUUCCAUAACUCUUGUUCCAUCACUAGAAGUAGACCUAGACGCACGUCCGGCAACCAGUGACUCCCGCCGUACUGUCCCCGGGAACAACAGUACUAGAGAACUAGACGACUUAUUGAGAGAUUCAGACGGCACCAAUGCCAUUGUUUCCGAGGCUUUGCCAGCCUGCAAUAAGAGGUCAGAUGUAUCCUGCUCUAGCAAUUACCGCCCAUUCCGGUCGCAUUUCAGCCACUUUGAGGAGGACGACGCGCUGAACACAGACUCUCUCCCAGCUGAUACACCUAUGUAUGGUGAUCCCACAGGCGUUUGCGCCGUCGCAAACAUUUGUGAGCCGGAAGGAGCAGAUAAGAGCGGCCACUUUCUUCUCCCAAAUGGUAUUUUUGCCUCACUCGACCCGAUAGAUCAAGAAUACUUGCGACGCAAGGGUGUAUUCAUGUUCCCUGAAGCUCGGGUACGUGAUAGCUUAGUUCGGGCAUACUUCCAUUACGUCCAUCCGUUCUUUCCCAUUGUCGACAUUCAAGACUUUCUUCCCAAGCAUGAAAGCGCCGCACUUGAUAAGAUUAGUGCUCAUCUGUUAUGGUCCAUGUACCUUGCGGCAUGCAAUUUCUUGGGGGAGGACGCAGUUCAGGCAGCCGGGUUCACAAGUAGAAAGGAAAUGAAGCGAUCAAUCUAUCGAAAGGCAAAGGCUCUAUACGACAUGCAACACGAAAAAGAUAGAACCACGUUGAUACAGGCUGUGCUGCUGAUGAGCUUUUACUCUUCUGAUACUGAAGAUAAGACAGGCCCGUGGCAUUGGAUCGGAGUCGCUAUUGGUCUCAGUCAGACGGCUGGACUACAUCGAAACCCUCACUCCACGGCAAGUCGUAUACCGCAGCAUCGUCAGAGACUCUGGCGACUUAUCUGGUGGUCAUGCGUCCAUCAAGAUGUAUGGUUCUCCGUUGGCAUGGGCAGGCCAGUGCGCAUCAACUUGGACGAUUGCGACACACAACUUCCAGUCGCUGCUGAUUUGGAUGCGUUGGCAUUAGGUGUUCCGGACACACUUCGCGAAAAGUACCUCCCAGCCCGCAUGCCCGAAUUAUCAGAGCUCUUUGUUGAGUUGAUAAAUCUUGCAAUCAUUCAAUCUAAUAUAUUAUCAACGCAUUACCGAGCUCGCCAGAUUAGGCCCAGUACAGCCGAUGUGAUGGAGGUCGAGAAGAGAAUAUCAGCAGUACAUAGUAAAGCGCGCUGGUUCAUAAGCUCUGAGGAUCUUAUGGUUUACUAUCACGCCUGCCAUCUGACGCUGUUUUUACAAUCGGUUCUAAUUGUCUUGUAUCGACCUUAUCUUCUGAGGUUGUCCGAGAAACACUCAUCCAGUCUGUCUCAGGGGCGGUACUCAUCAAUAGAGCGGAAAGCCCAGGCUGCUGCUGCAGGGUUUAACAAAAUUUUGGAGGCCUUGAUAACUGCAGACAUGGUCAUGGCAUGUCAGAAUAUUAUUUGCAUUGCCCUCGUUCCACCCAUGCAGCUUCAUCUCCUGAAUUCUACAUCGAGCAAGCCCCUCAUAGCGACAUUAGGACAACAAAGCCUUGACUUGUGUAUGCUUGUCGCCAAUGAACUACGCAAGACGUACUUUGGGGCGUCACUUUUACAUCAACUAUUCUCCCAGGCCCAGACUCAGAUAAGAAAUCGGCGGACUCUACAAGAGACAGCCAAGAUAACGAACCUCGAAACGCAGACGACGUGCUUAUCGCAUGGCCCGAUACAAGGAAGCCAGGACUUCACAGACACAGACAUCAUACGAAACCUCGGCUCUGUCCUUACAGGGUUCGAAGAUGACCUUACUGGAGAUGACUUUGCCAUGUUUAAUUUCGCGAUCGAUUCGUCAGAGGAUACUCCUUCAAGUCAGCGCAUUAGAUGGUAUCCAAAAUUACAUAUAGACAACUGA